AUGGGCGUUGCCAGCGAAGUUAGUGCUGUGUCAGUGACAUGAUGAGCCAUUUUUACAUUGUAGCAUCAGUUCACAUCAAUACAUUUAAAAAUAAUUAGCAUUGACGUUAAACAACAAAACUGGUUAGUUAGCCACAUUAUAGCAAGCUGACUAGCAACGUUGUAACACUAGCAAAAAUGCGGCCACAAAGACAGCAGACCAACAACAAUGCAGCCAUUACAGGAAGGUGUCUUUCUCCCACGGUCAACAGCUAUAAACUGCACUUUACAGCAGUGAACUCUCAAAUACCAGAGAGAAAUGUUCAGAGACCACUGGACGUCCGAUGGUCUAAAGACUUUACAAACGGGAUAAACAUGGACACCAUGAAAAUGAAUCCACCAAGACAAGACAGCAGGCUUAAUGCAGACAGUGGCGGCGGCAGGCCUCUCCACACCCCUGUGCUGGCGUUUGUCAGUGAGUUUAUGGGCCCUGAGCGUCCCCUCCUACCCCCUGCUGCUGCUCUACCCAGGGGGCUGACUGGUGACCUGGGGCCACAGCCACACAGAGUGAAGCCUAGGAGAGCAACAAACAGUGCAGGGGCCAUCAACUCCCACAGUACCUCACCCCUCACCCUGCCAACUGGACCAGGUGAUGCCAUAUCAUUGAGUGAGAAUUCUCCCUCUAGUUUUCCAAUUGCCUUUCGUUCCCGUGAUGACAGUGCUUUGAGUCCUGAGCGACUAGAUUUGGACAGGCGUGGUCUGGAGGAGUGUCCCCUGCUGGAGGGCAUGGGUAGGCUGCGGCUGCUUAACUUUCAGCACAACCUCAUCACGCACAUCCACAAUCUGUCUCAUCUGCGGCACCUGGCCUUCCUAGACCUGUAUGACAACCACAUCGCCCAGAUGUCUGGCAUCUCAGCCCUGGCCUCUCUCAGAGUGCUUAUGCUGGGCAAGAACAGAAUCCAGAGGAUAUGCAGUCUGGAUAACCUGACUAAACUAGAUGUUCUGGACUUGCAUGGCAAUCAGAUCUCCCAGAUAGAGAACCUUUCCCACCUGUCUGAGCUGCGCGUGUUGAACCUGGCAGGGAACUGCAUCUCCAGGGUGGACAACCUGCAGGGCCUGGACUCACUGACCGAGAUCAACCUGAGACGCAACUGCAUCUCCACUGUGACAGAGGUGGACCAGCUGCCCUGCCUCCAGCGCCUCUUUCUCAGCUGCAACAGCAUCACCAGUUUUGAUGAGCUAGCCUGCCUGGGAGAGUCCUGCUCCCUUUCUGAGCUCACCCUGGAUGGGAACCCAGUAGCCCUGGAGACAUGGUACAAGCAGGCCGCCUUGCGCUGUGUGCUUCAACUCAGACAGCUGGACAUGAAACGUGUCACGGAGGAGGAGAGACGUAUGGCCUGCGUCACGGCCCGGAAGGAGGAUGAGAAGAAGAGGGAGAGUCACAAGCAGGCCAUGCACAAGAGUCCUGCUCAUGUUGUGCCUCAGCAGUUCUACACUCAACUUGGGCUCAAGUCUCAGGACUCCUCAGUGACAAGCAAGGAGAAGCGGCGUCUGGCCAUCCGUAAUGCAGCACUGCAGUGGGAGGGGGUCAGGGCCUGCCUGGAGCUUCCGGCUCAGAACGGAGCCAAGGAGGAAAUCAGCCCUGAGGCAAGCCCCGCCCACAGCCCAGCCCAGACCAAUGGCCUUGCACUGGAACCUUCUCCAGAUGAGCAGCUCAGACGGGUGAGUCCGGUGUCGGCUCUGGACAGGCCAACAGGGGGCAGUGAGACCCGGAUACGCUCCACCAGUCGCCCCAACAGUCCUCGAGACCCCAAGCUCCUGGAGGCAGGGGGUGUCAACCUGCAGAGCCUCUCCCUGUCAGACAGCCACCUGGCGGAGUUGGAUGGGGAAACCCUGCGCCUGUUCGGCCUCGGAGCACUGGAGGCCCUGGAGAGAGGCUGGGGGGUCCAGACUGCAGGAGCCGUCACUGUCAUAGCCUUCCGCUACAUCCACUUUGAUGCGAUCGUGCCAACACUGCCACGCAUAAGGGUCAAGUUCCCCAACCUAUCUCAUCUGAUUUUCCUGGAAACCAACGUCAGCCGUCUUCCCCAGCUGGCUGCUCUGGCCCAGGUGAGACGUCUGGACCAGCUGACCAUCCACCCAGAGGGGAACCCUGUAGUCAGCCUUUCCCUGUGGAGAUCCUUCCUCAUCUACCGCCUGCACCACUUCAACCUGCACAAGAUCAACAACCUGGAGGUGACCAUGAAUGACAUGAUCUCUGCAGAGCGUCUGUUUGGGACGCUGGGUCAUAUCGCUGCCACCGAGACACCACGCUGCCGCCUGCUAGUACUGCUGGAGGAGUCCAGGUUCACUCUGUACGAUUACCCACAACACCCCUGGGCCUUCUAGAGCGGAGCAUGGAAGAAAUGUCUGAGUAUCAAACAAUACUUUACCUUGAGCUGCCUUAUGGAAUUCAUCCCUUUUCCCCCCAACUGAGCCCACUGACCUACUCUGCAGCAGCCCUAACCUUUUAAGUGCUGUAAUGCGUGUGUAUUUGAUUAAGGUUUAACCUUCCAUAUAAAACAAUGUCUAAACUUUCCCCUCUCAGCCUCUGCACAGUGCACACUACUCCCUGUAGUUUGGUCCUUCCAGGAAAACCUCUCCUCAGAGAUGGAGAGUGUAGUACUGUAAUAAUUAAGAUGGGAGUUCACUACAGUCAUCAGUGAAUGGUUUCAGAUCCAGUACAGACAUGUAUAACCCCGAGCUAUACAUUAUACAGUCAUAGUUAGGUUUGGACAAUCCAUGAGGGAACACAUAUGGUCAUGGGUAGGGCAGAUAUUGCUGUGAAGGUAGCCAGAGCAAAGGCUAUGAUGGCUAUAAUGCUUUUGGUGUAUUACGGUUGAGGACCAAGUCAUAAUCAAAAGUCGUUGAACAUGGGUGAAGGCCAAAAGGCCUCUGAAGAUAGGCAAUUCUGGGGUGGGGGACAGCUUGUCCGGGGUGGGGGACAGCUUGUCCCGUUGCUUGUCCCGUUGUGUGAACCAUCAUGUGAUAGUUUUGACAUUCAUGUCUGUGAUACAAUACUAAUGACUGGAGGCCAGAAAAGAUUCCUGAACCCAAUGUAGGAGUGGUUCAUCCUUCUUCUCAGUGAAUUAAGUUGAUGGUGUGGGCUGUUAUACAGGGCUGGGGUGUUUGCAACCUCCACUCUACAGUACAGUAUCAUUAUACAGUAGAGUACAUGCUCAGCUAUGGUGAAUGGGGCUGUUUGAUAGAUACACACCACUCAGUUGAUCCUCUGCCCACCUAUACAUACAGUGUUCAGGCUCUCUGUCUCCGACACAAGCACUCACACUUAUCCCAGUAGGUAUUUUAGCCUGCAGCCUCCGUCUCAAUGACUAUUCCAGAGUUCUGGCACCAGCGUUUGGAACAUGUUGGUGCAGUGCUGAAUUUCAUGAGAUGAAUAAUGAUGGACAGGGACGUUUGAUGUAGCUAACAUCCUUUAUUAAUGUUCUCAUCCUGGUUACAUCUGUACCAAUCCUGCUGCUGAAAACUAUACGACUGACAAAGAACUGAUUUAAAAAGUUGUACAAAUGAACUACAUUUAUGUAGAAGUACUUUAUCAUUCCCAAUUCAUUGUUUGUAAAGUAGUUGUUUGACUUGGCUUCCAUGGAAUUCAUGUUGGCACUACUCUAAUAGUAUCUGAUACCAGUCUUGACAGAUGUGUUAAUGCGGAGCAUUGAGUGAAUGCCAUUACUAUUUGUCGAAACGUGUAUUUUGAUACUUUGUUAUUCCCUUCUUUGACGAUGGCACUGUCCCUGGCAGGGUUAUUGCAUGCCCUGAUGCUCCAGACAUGUCUAACUCACCUGUCCCCCUUGCAUAGCUGCUGGAAGUAGGGGUGCUGAGGGUGCUGCAGCACACCCUGAAAAAUCAGAUGUAUUAUUAUUUGAAAAAAACAAUUUCACAAAAGUACACAAUACUAGUAUUAGCAGACUGAUAUAGACGUCUAAUAGCGUGGGCAAAAAAAAACUUUUUUCAGCAUUUGCGCUUUGGCAAAUAAGGUAGUAUAGUUAAGAAGAGUAUCUUGCAGGAUUCAAUAGUUGGAGUUGUUGCCCUUUCCCUUUCUCUAUGAUGUCAUUCUAAUGGAAUCCAGAAAGAACAAAACCGUCCUCAACAUUUACAUUAAAUGGUGAAAAGUUAUGGGUAAAGACGUAAAGGCACAAAACAUCCUCAUCAAAUUAAAGAUUUUUCUUGAUCAAAUAACAUGGGAAACAACCACUUUUUGUGUAGUAUUAAUUUACUAUCAUUACAAACCACUUAAUGUAAAUGUACAUUACUGUAUAGUACAUAGGCUGGUCAUCUAGGUUUCUACAGGUAGACUUUCCAUCACCAUGAAGAAACACAAUGCACAAUACAGUAAUUGAGUACAUUGACACAUCAAGUGGUUUGUGAUGAUAUGAUGUGGCUCAGUUGGUAAGAGCAUGGUGCUUACAAUGCUAGGGUUGUGGGUUUGAUUCCCACAGGGGACUAGUAUGAAAAAAUAUGAACAUGUAUACAUUUCAAGAAACUGUUAAUCAUAUAUCAAGCAUGAUUUUUUAUAUUCCACAAGUAUUACCGGAUUAACUGUUUUGUACAGAUAAUCAUCAGACUCAAGUUACAAAUGCUGGUAAACACUCAAAUACAUUUAGUGUAAAAAGAGUGCACUGGACCUUUGCUAGUCUUGUAUUAGCGGACCGAUAUGGACUUCUUUAGUGAGGGUCAUUUAGUUUUUCUGAAACAAAACAAAACACAGUACCCCCCCCCCUCUCUCUUGCUCCCUCUCUCUCUCUUGCUCCCUCUCUCUACCUCUCCCCUCCUCUCUCUCUUUCGCUCCCUCCUUCCCUGCCU